AUGGCGCUGCGAGCGGGCCAGCUCUUUUCUCCGUGUCUACUCGCGGUGGCUUUGUUAUCGCUCGCCAGCGGACCACAGUUCGGACUUUGUUGUCCGAGUCGCUGUCUAUGUUUCCGAACCACCGUGAGAUGUAUGCACCUAAACCUGGAAACCGUACCAGCAGUUUCUCCUCAGACUACCAUCCUAGACCUGAGGUUCAACAAAAUCAAGGAUAUACAGCCGGGCUCCUUCAGACGAUUAAAGAACCUCAACACACUCCUCCUCAACAACAAUCAUAUACGAAGGAUCCCCAGGGGGGCAUUUGAAGACCUGGAAAACCUCAAAUAUCUCUAUUUGUACAAGAAUGAAAUCCAAUCAAUUGACAGACAAGCAUUUAAGGGGCUUGUCUCUCUUGAGCAACUGUACCUGCAUUUCAACAACAUCGAGUCUUUGGAACCGGAAUCUUUCACCCACCUACCAAAGCUGGAACGACUGUUUUUGCACAACAACAGAAUCACCCAACUCGUCCCAGGAACCUUCUCUCAUCUUCAGGCCAUGAAGCGAUUGCGACUGGAUUCCAAUGCAUUAAACUGUGACUGUGAGCUGCUGUGGCUGGCCGACCUGCUGAAGCAGUACGCUGAGUCGGGUAAUGCCCAGGCAGCUGCCACCUGCGACUACCCCAGCCGCCUGCAGGGCAGAUCGGUGGCAACGCUCACGGCUGAGGAGCUCAACUGUGAGGUACCCAGGAUCACCUCAGAGCCCCAGGAUGUGGACGUUACAUCAGGGAACACUGUCUACUUCACCUGCAGGGCCGAAGGCAACCCCAAACCACAGAUCAUCUGGCUCAGGAACAACAACGCUCUGAACAUGCGUGACGACAGUCGUCUGAACCUGCUGGAAGACGGGACGCUGAUGAUCCAGGACACCAGGGAGACAGACCAGGGAGUCUACCAGUGCAUGGCCAAAAAUGUGGCUGGGGAGGUCAAGACUUCACAGGUCACACUGCGGUAUUUCGGAGCCCCCUCACGGCCAAGUUUCGUGAUCCAACCCCAGAACACUGAGGUACUGGUGGGAGAGAGUGUCACCCUGGAGUGCAGUGCCACGGGCCAGCCACAGCCCCGGGUCUCCUGGACAAAGGGCGACCGGACCCCGCUGCCCAACGACGCUCGCAUCAACAUCACCCCCUCUGGAGGGCUGUUUAUCCAGAACGUGGUCCAGGCCGAUGGGGGACAAUACACCUGUUUUGCCUCCAAUAACGUUGACACCAUACAUGCCACAGCUUAUAUCAUUGUACAAGCAAUCCCACAGUUCACAGUCACACCGCAGGACCAGUCAGUCCUGGAGGGUCACACGGUGGACUUCCCUUGCGAGGCGAGCGGUUACCCACAACCAGUGAUCGCCUGGACAAGGGGGGGCAGCCCGUUACCCCUGGACCGCCGUCACGCGGUCCUGUCUUCUGGUGCUCUCCGCAUCACUCGGGUGGCAGCCCAUGACGAGGGCCAGUACGAGUGCCAGGCCGUCAGCCCUGUGGGGACUGUGCACACGGCUGUUCAGCUCAGCAUCCAGCAGAGAGUAACGCCUGUUUUCACAAAUGCUCCAAGGGACCUGACGGUUGAGUCUGGCCAGGAUGUCCAGAUUCCCUGCAGCGCUCAGGGCCAGCCACAGCCUGUCCUCACCUGGAACAAGGAUGGUGUGCAAGUGACAGAAAGUGGCAAGUUUCACAUCAGCCCUGAGGGUUACCUGGAGGUGAAGGACGUGGGCACUGCUGACGCUGGACGCUACGAGUGUGUCGCUCGCAAUCCCAUCGGCUACCAGGUGGCUAGCAUGGUGCUCACCGUCACAGUUCCUGCAGUCAGCAGAGAGGGAGACACCUUUGUGAGCACCUCCAUAGAGCAGGCCAUCCGUAACGUGGACAGUGCUAUUGAGUCCACAAGGAGACGUCUCUUUGAUGGUCAGCCUCGUACCCCAGGAGAGUUGCUAGCUCUUUUCCGGUAUCCACGGGACCCCUACACGGUGGAGCAGGCGCGAGCUGGGGAGAUCUUCGAGCAAACUCUUCUGCUCAUCCAGAACCACGUCAACCAGGGGCUCAUGGUCGACACCAACGGCACCGCGUUUCGCUACAAUGACCUGGUGUCCCCCCACUUCCUGGAUGUGAUCGCCAACCUGUCCGGCUGCACGGCCCACCGCCGCUUCAACAACUGCUCUGAUAUUUGCUUCCACCAGAAGUACCGCAGCCACGACGGCACCUGCAACAACCUGCAGCACCCCAUGUGGGGCGCCUCGCUCACCGCCUUUGAGCGACUCCUGAAGUCCGUCUAUGAUAAUGGCUUCAACCUGCCGAGAGGUGCCACUGAGCGGCUGCAUAAUGCGUUCAGGCUGCCACUGCCGAGGCUGGUGUCCACCACCAUGAUCGGAACCGAGACCAUCACCCCCGAUGACCGCUACACUCACAUGCUGAUGCAGUGGGGUCAGUUCCUUGACCACGACCUGGACUCGACGGUGGCUGCACUCAGCCAGUCGCGGUUCUCCGACGGCCAGCUGUGCACUCAGGUCUGCACCAAUGACCCACCGUGCUUCCCGAUCCAGUUCCCCCCCAACGACCCACGGCAGCUGCGGAGUGGCGCCCGCUGCAUGUUCUUUGUCCGAUCCAGCCCUGUGUGCGGCAGCGGGAUGACGUCUCUACUCAUGAACAGCGUUUAUCCAAGAGAGCAAAUCAACCAGCUGACGUCUUACAUCGAUGCUUCAAACGUCUACGGCAGCUCGCGACACGAAUCGGAGGAAAUCCGAGACUUGGCGAGCCAAAGGGGUCUGCUCCGGCAGGGCAUCAUACAGAGAACAGGGAAGCCUCUUCUGCCAUUUGCCACCGGACCACCAACUGAGUGUAUGAGGGACGAGAACGAGAGUCCAAUUCCCUGUUUCUUAGCAGGAGACCACCGCGCCAACGAGCAGCUCGGGUUGACCGCCAUGCACACGGUUUGGUUCAGGGAACACAACCGCAUAGCCACAGAGCUGCUGAGGCUCAACCCCCACUGGGACGGGGACACCAUCUACCACGAGGCUAGGAAGAUAGUGGGGGCCCAGAUGCAGCACAUCACCUACAGUCACUGGCUGCCAAAGAUCCUGGGUGAGGCGGGCAUGAAGAUGAUGGAGUCGUAUGCCGGUUAUAACCCUAACAUCAACGCUGGCAUCCUCAAUGCUUUCGCCACUGCUGCUUUCCGCUUCGGUCACACCCUCAUCAACCCGAUACUCUACAGGCUCGAUGAGGAAUUCCAACCCAUCCCCCAGGGACACAUCUCGCUGCACCGGGCCUUCUUCUCCCCGUUCCGCAUCGUGAAUGAGGGCGGCAUCGACCCCCUGCUUCGCGGGCUCUUUGGCGUCGCCGGUAAAAUGCGUGUGUCCACGCAGCUGCUAAACACAGAGCUGACGGAGAGGCUGUUCUCAAUGGCCCACGCUGUGGCUCUGGACCUGGCUGCCAUGAAUAUACAGAGAGGAAGGGAUCAUGGGAUACCGCCGUACAAUGAUUACCGGACCUUCUGUAACCUGACCUCAGCUCAGACGUUUGACGAGUUGAGGAAUGAGAUUAAGAACCCGAAUGUCAGAGAGAAACUACAGAGGCUGUAUGGCACUCCGCUCAACAUUGACCUGUUCCCUGCCCUGAUGGCUGAAGACCUGGUUCCUGGCAGUAGACUGGGGCCCACCCUCAUGUGCCUGCUGGCAACUCAGUUCAAACGCCUGCGGGACGGUGACAGAUUCUGGUAUGAAAACCCAGGUGUGUUCACUCCCGCCCAGCUGACCCAGCUGAAGCAGGCCUCUCUGACCCGGGUGCUGUGCGACAACGGGGACAACAUCACACGCAUCCAGCAGGACGUCUUCAGGGUGGCGGAGCUGCCCCACGGCUACGGCAGCUGUGACGACAUCCCUCAGAUUGACCUGCGCAUGUGGCAGGACUGCUGUGAAGACUGCAGAACCAAGGGUCAGUUCAACGCCCUCUCAUACCACUUCAGGGGACGCAGAUCAGCUGAGCACAGCUACAGAGAGAAUAAACCAGACGACAGCAUCCAGGAGAACAGCCCAGUGGAGGAAACGGUAGAAAGUCCAGUAAAUGUUACUCUGACCUCCAAAAAAAGCACUGAACCCUCAGUCACCGACUUCCAGGACUUUGUCUCUGACAUGCAGAAGACGAUUACAAGUUUACGAAAGCAGAUUAAAAGACUUGAAGCCCGUCUGAGGAAGACUGACUGCACUGAUAGCGAGGGACGUGAGCGAACAGAUGGAGAGCGGUGGAAAAAGGACUCCUGCUCCAUAUGUGAAUGCAGAGAUGCCCAGGUGACCUGCUUUGUGGAGUCUUGUCCACCGGCCAAGUGCAAACGGCCUGUCAAGUUAAAAGGCGCCUGCUGCCCGGUGUGCCUGGAACAGCCAGAUGUUGACAAGCGACAAGAAGCGGACACCCACCACGACUAACCCUCAGGACCCCCCUGACAAACACAUUCUAGUGUCUGAAAGUCACACAACACACACAGACAUCCAGAGAGAGGAUGAGACUCUUGAAGGUGUGCUAAUCCGCAGCCACCAAUAGCCUCGAUAGACCCAAUAGCCUCAGUUUUUUUGUUUUGUUUCACUUUGUAUUCUUU